AUGCAGAUACAAGCAUUCGACUCCAUUUUCGGAGACGCUUUUGACGACUCUCUGAGAAUACCUGCUGAGACAGACGUUCAGGACCUAAACAUGGCUUCUCUGGACACUAUCAGGGAGUGGAUGAGUCCUGACAAUAGCAACGCUGAUGUUAGUGAUAUCCAGGCGUCGAUAGCACUCAUUCCUCUGAUCGAGUCUGAUCUCCUCAACUGGUACCACGAGGUGGUACGAGUGCACUUCCUGGAGAAUGUGGCCACUCAGUUGGAUUUCAGUAAUCUUGAUUCACUGGAGAAGCUUGAGUCAAUUGCACUUCGUCUUGAAGCAGCCCGUUUCCACUACCACAGACCUUUGGAGAGUCUAUCAUUAAGUCGUCAUCUGGUUGAGAACUUCCAACAUUAUUUAUUUGCAUUAUUCGAGAUCACCUUUGGAGGAACGCCGUAUCUCACGGCACUUAGGAACUACAUGGUUUCCUGUUCGCUGCCACCUACAGACCGCACCAUCAACCUGUGCAAGACACUAUAUAAUCUCGGUCUGGGUCCCAAACUGGAGCCCAUUCUGUCCAGCAGUUUGGUAGCUGGCAUCGAGCGACAUAUUCUGAACGUUUAUGGUGACGAGUGGACCCUUUCGUGUCUUCCCACCAUGACAGUGUGGCUCAAAUCGUGUCUUCCUCGCAUUGAACAAAUGUUUCUGCAUCCCCCUACUCUCGACAGCUUAGUGUGUGUAGGACACCGAUACGUGGCUCGGCUGCGUACUUCACAGCUAUUUGACAUCACUGUGGACUAUCCUGACAGCAUAGCUGCGAUCCAGGACCUUCGACAGUGUCUAGAGUCUCCCCACCAACGAGCACAGGUAGUUGCAACCUUCCAAAACGCAUGCCAGACUCGACUUUUGCAUGCCGGUGCUAACACAGUCGACGUGCUCUCUGCAUACAUUCAUACUACACACACAUUUUUGCUACUUGAUUCCAAGGGGGUCUUGUUGGAGAAGGUCACCCGACCCAUCAAGAGAUACCUCAAGGAGCGCUCAGAUACUGUCACUUCCAUUGUGUCUGGUCUACUGGGUAACGAAAAAUCGGAUAUCAAGUCCCUGGCUGAGUAUCUGUCAAAACCGCCCAGCACUGUUCUCGAGGAUGAUCUGGCUGACCCUCAUUGGGUCCCUGAUCCUCCGGAUGCUCCAUCGGACUUCCGAAAGGGCUUCGCCGACAUUGUAGACGAUCUUAUCAUGCUGUUUGACAAUCGCGAGGUGUUUGUGCGAGAGUUUGUUGGUAUCUUUGCCGACCAGAUGUUGCAGCUAAGAGACUACAAUGUGGGAGAGAUUCAGCUACGUGCUGAGCUACUCAAACGUCGAUUCGGUGAGCGAACUCUGCAGAAUCUAGAUGUGAUGGUCCGAGAUAUCCAGGAGUCUAAGCGUGUGGAUACAGGUGUUCACGCAGAAUCCAUCCAGGGCAAGGCUGUCUAUGGUACUUUCCACGCUUCUAUUCUGUCCAAACUCUGUUGGCCGCAGUUGAAGAGUGAGGAAUUUCUACUUCCGUCAGCCAUUGAGUCUCAGCUGAGUCUCUACGGUACAGGAUUCUCAAAGCUCAAACAGCGUCGAAAGCUCAAGUGGCUGCGCUCUUUGGGUAACGUGGACGUGGAGCUGGAGUUGGAAGAUCGAACCGUGGCUUUAACUGUUGCUCCAGAGAUGGCUUCUUUUAUCCACGCGUUCCACGACACCACCGAGAACUCCCUUGAGUAUGUCCAGGAGAAACUCAAGAUGAGUCCCGAGAUGGCACGUCGAUGUGCAGCCUUUUGGGUCAAGGAGGGGGUAUUGCAGGAGAAGUCGGAAGGAGUGUUCCGUGUGUUGGAGCGCAAGUCAGAGGCCCAGAAUGUUGUGGUUGCUGACGCGUUUGAGGCUUCUGAGGCUGGCCAGUCUGCCGAAGACAAGGCCAUUGAAUCGAUUCGACAAUACUGGUCUUACAUUCAUGCCAUGCUGACAAACAGAGGUUCACUGCCUGUCAUACAGAUGCAUUCGUUCCUCAAAAUGCUGGUGCCAAAGGAAACGCCGUACACUGCUACUCAAGAUGAGCUCAAGCAGUUUCUGCAAGCCAUGGUGGAUGAAGAGAAGUUGGAUGUCGUUGGAGCCAAAUUCAAGCUGAAGAAGUAG